AUGGAAUCGGUGCGCAGGGCCAACCAACGACUCCGCAAUUAUCCCCUUCUGGUAAGCAAGUGCGCGGAUAAGGCCACGGCGUACGCGGUGUGCGUGUCGCGGGAUCUGAACGUGCAGCAUAAGAUCUGCGACGCCGAGUUCAAGGAGUUCCUCAACUGCAUUCGCAAGAGCGCCUUGGAAAUGAAGACCAAGCUGUAGACAUACGAGAACAAUAAACAAAAUGACGCAAACAAAGGUUACGACUGCGGGAUGGCAGCGACUGGGUGGUCGCAUCAUUCAGACCAGCUUUCGGACCCAUAUCCUAAUCUCCGCCUUGCUGCGGCUCGCUUUAAUAUGCUACGGACAAA